AUGUUUCUCCGCACAGCGCGAAUGGUUUUCCCGGCAUUUGCACGAGUUCAAAAUACGCAGUUGAUUGGUUCGAGAUGUUUUGCUUCGUUGCAGAUGGCUAAGAGGCCGACGGUGGCUUUGAUGGAGAGGGCGAAGGAGGGUUUGGGUUGCGGAUUGAGUGGGAAGGGUGCAGAUCAGGUUAGGGGGAUGAAGGUUAGGAGUUCGGUGAAGAAGUUGUGUGAGGGGUGUAAGAGUGUUAGAAGAAAGGGUGGAAAAUCGGGGAAAGGACAUGUUUAUAUCAUUUGUUCAUUGAAUCCCAAGCACAAGCAGAGACAGGGGAAAUAG